CAGAGCAGCAGGAGCUCCGAGUCUGACAGAUAACCAAAUAUCUCGCUGUUCAUGACACUUUAGCCACAUUUUAUCGUGUGCUCCUCGUUAAAGCUUUUUAACAGUUCAUAUAACCUUUAAUUAACUUUGUUGAAAAUGUUUAUCACGGACAUACGGAAGGAGUUUUAUGAAGUUGUUGCCAACCAGAGAGUUGCACUCCUGGUGGCUUCAGACAUCGACGCUCUCUGCGCCUGUAAGAUACUGCAGGCAUUGUUCCACUGUGACCAGGUCCAGUAUACACUUGUACCAGUGACAGGCUGGCAGGACCUCAGCACUGCCUUCCUCGAACACAAAGAACAGUUUCGGUACUUUGUUCUCAUCAACUGUGGCGCGAAUGUCGAUCUCCUUGAGAUGCUGCAGCCUGACGAUGACUCCAUCUUCUUCAUCUGUGACACUCACCGGCCUGUUGAUGUUGUCAAUGUCUACAACGACACCCAGAUAAAACUGUUAAUUAAACAGGAUGAUGACCUGGGUGUGCCCUCCUAUGAUGAUAUCUUUCGAGAUGAAGAUGAUGAGGAAGGCGAUGACUCUGGAAAUGAGAGUGACGAAGGCUCGGAGCCAUCUGGCAAACGGAGGAGAUUUGAUGAAGGGGCAGUUGAGAGGAGGAUUGAGAGACAGCGGGCGAAGAGGGAGUGGGAGGCACGGAGGAGGGAAAUCUUGUUUGACUACGAGCAAUAUGAAUACCACGGAACGUCUGCUGCAAUGAUGUUUUUUGAACUGGCUUGGAUGUUGACUAAAGACACCAAGGACAUGCUUUGGUGGGGCAUUAUUGGGCUGACAGACCAGUGGGUUCAUGAUAAAAUCACACAUAUGAAGUAUGUAACAGACAUCGCUACAAUGCAGCGACACGUUUCCCGGCAUAACCAUCGAAAUGAGGAUGAGGAGAACUCUCUCUCCAUCGACUGUAUGAGGAUUUCCUUUGAAUACGAUCUGCGUUUAACGCUCUACCAGCACUGGUCUCUGUAUGAAAGCAUCUGUAAUUCAUGUUACACGUCCUGCAACUUCAAGCUUUGGACUUUAAAUGGACAAAAGAAGCUUCAGGAGUUCCUGGCAGACAUGGGGUUACCUCUGAAGCAAGUGCGGCAGAAAUUCAACUCCAUGGACAUGUCAAUCAAAGAGAACCUGAGGGACGUCAUUGAAGAGUCUUCAAAUAAAUACGGUAUGAAAGAUAUCCGCAUCCAGACAUUUGGCGUUCACUUUGGCUUUAAGAACCGUUUCCUGGCCACCGACAUGGUGCACGCUACUGCUGCUUUACUGGAGAGCACCGAGAAAGAUGAGACUGACACCGACAACUUCAUCAAGGCUCUGGACUCCCUCUCCAGGAGUAACCUUGAACGUCUACAUUCAGGCAUCGACCUGGCUAAGAAGAAACUUAUUGCCGUCCAACAGACUGUAGCCAGUUGCAUCUGUACCAACCUCAUCCUUUCACAGGGACCCUUCCUCUACUGCUACCUCAUGGAGGGUACCCCUGAUGUGAAGCUCUUUUCUAAGCCCAUGGCCCUGAUUCUGCUCUCGAAAUACCUCCUGAAAGCUUUUGUCCAUUCGACGAGGAAUAAACGCUGCAAACUGCUUCCCCUCAUCAUGGCUGCUCCCAAGGAUGUGGAGAAGGGGACUGUCAUUGUUGUGGGAAUCCCACCUGAGUCUGAGACUUCCGACAAGAAGAAUUUCUUUGGCCGAGCGUUUGAGAAAGCUGCAGAGAGCACUAGCUCCAGAACCCUUCACGACCAGUUCGACACUUCCAUAAUUGAACUGAAGACAGAGGACAGGAGCAAGUUUCUGGAUGCUCUCAUCACCCUUCUGUCAUGAGAGCCUUCAGUACUGAAUGUAAGAGUGAUUUUUAGUUUGAGUCUAAUGUGUUAAAGGCUUGAAAAGUGUGGUGUCUGGUGCUGUUCAUAUCUUUAUGUCUAAUGUGAUUCAAACGAAUUACAUCAGACAUAAGUACGGUGUCACUAGUAUAAAAACU